GCACACACGUGCGACCACGAACACCUUUACAACUUCUUCGACCUGCUAUAGAUUUGCUCCUUUGCUUCCUUCUGCUCUCCCUUUCCUCACGAAAUCAUGAUUGAAGUCCAAGAUCUCAUUACUUCCCGAGGGGGAGAUCCCAAAAAAGUAGUCGAGAGUCUACGGAAGAGAUAUGCUCCUGCAGAGAUUGUCGACGAGGUCAUUGCUCUCUGGGAGGAUGCUUACAAGACGCGGUAUCAAGCCACGCAAAUCGGCGCAAAGAUCAAUGCUGUCCAAAAGGAGAUUGGCAAGCUGAAGAAAGCCAAAGAGAAUGCCGACCACCUGUUACAAGAGAAGGCAGACCUUGAGAAAGAGAAGAAGAAAGUGGAAGAAGAGGCCGCCGAAAAGGAGAAGGCCAGAGACCGGAAAUGCAAAACGAUCGGCAACUACGUGCACGAGUCGGUACCGGUCAACGACAACGAGGACUUCAACGAAGUCGUCAAGCAAUGGACACCUGAAGGCGUGACGGUCGAAAAGCGAGAUUGCCUUUCCCACCACGAAGUCAUGACGCGUGCGGAGGUCUACGACGGCGAACGAGGAGUCAAGCUGGUCGGACACAGAGGGUACUUUCUGCGGAAAUGGGGUGUCCUGCUGAACCAGGCGCUGAUCAACUACGGUCUACACUUUCUGGUCGGUAAAGGCUACGACCCUAUCCAACCUCCUUUCUUCAUGAAGGCCGAAUACAUGGCCAAGACGGCACAACUGGAACAAUUUGACGAAGAACUGUACAAGGUCAUUGAAGACAAGGAUGCCGAGGACAAAUACCUCAUCGCAACUUCCGAGCAGCCGCUCUCAGCGAUGUACGCGGACGAGUGGUUGACGGAGAAAGACCUGCCUAUGAAGUAUGCCGGAUACAGCUCCUGUUUCCGAAAGGAGGCCGGUUCGCACGGCAGAGACGCCUGGGGUCUGUUCCGAAUACACCAGUUUGAGAAGAUCGAACAAUUCUUGUUUGUCAAGCCGGAAGAAUCGUGGCAGGCGCUCGAAGACAUGAAGAGCACUGCCGAAGAGUUCUACCAGUCCCUGAAACUUCCUUACCGAGUAGUUGCGAUUGUCUCGGGCGCAUUGAACAACGCUGCUGCCAAAAAGUACGAUCUCGAGGCAUGGUUCCCCCACCAGGGCGAGUACAAAGAGCUGGUCUCUUGCUCGAAUUGCACGGACUACCAGACUCGCGAGCUGGAGAUCCGGUAUGGCCAGAAGAAGGGAGCUAUUGACGCGAGGAAGACGUAUGUUCAUGCUCUGAACGGCACGCUGUGUGCUACGGAACGGACGUUGUGCUGCCUGCUUGAGAAUUACCAGAAGGAAGACGGUUUCGAGGUGCCUGCUGCUUUGAAGCCGUAUAUGCCUCCUGGAACUCCGGAUGUCAUUCCCUACACGAAAGAUCUGCCCAAGGAUACAACUUCGGCCAAGGCAAAGCAGCCCGCGAAACCCAAGGCAGAUGGCGCGCCUGAUGGUGGACCGAAGCUGAACAUGCCGGCUGCGGAGAAUGUGGCAGACAAGAUGAAGGACAUGAAGGUAUGAUGAGGAUGAGAAGAGCAAGAUGACAGAGAGCAUGUUCGUUUGGCCCAUACAACGACGUUGAGUCAUGAAGAAACGCCUGACCAGGAGUAUGAAUAGAUAUGCUCUUAAGACGUCUAUAGAAGGACUUUACAGCCAAGGAUAUGUUGACGUGCACGUAUUUCGCCGCAUAGACUGCCCUUCCUUGAAGACAUUGUUUCGUUUGCCCCUUUCUAAGUCACCGCUGUCACAAGGAGAGAAAAAUGACAUUGGCCAUUGAUUCGAAUUUUGCCAUGUUGGCACCAACGGGAGGUAUUCAUACGCGAGGUACUAGCUUAGG